AAUCAUACUAGAAAAAAAAAUGGACGAGGAUAUCCACAAAAGCAACUUAUAUAGAUGGAAAAGACAAUGCAAACCAAAGGUUCUAUCAAAAUCACACGUAAGCUUUGUCGCUAUAAUUUAUAAACCAUAACAUUUUAUUAGUUAGUAUCCGAAGAAUGGGCAGGACAAUAAUAAUAAUUCAGGAAUGAACUUUAAAAUGUAAAAAAAAAUAAAGAUAAAAUACUAAAUAAUAAUCAUAUUGAUUCUGAUGUCACUACUUCUAAAUAGUGAAGAAAUUGUAUACCCUAAUCUAAUAAUUUAAAAAAAAAACAAAUAUGUAAGAGUAUGAGUAUAACCUGACUGUAGACUGUAGAGUGUCAGUGUCAGUAGAGGCUAAGAAUAAGAAUUAAAGAAGACUAAGUUUACGUUUAACUAAGAAGUAAAAUAGCCUACUAAGCCUACUUCACUAGACUAGUAGUACUACUUAGGACCUUAGGACUUAGACUAGUUAGACUUAGUUAAUUUAGAUUUAGGUAACAGACUGCUUAGUGCCAUAAGGCAUGCAAAUGCAUGUACAUACAUCAAAUUUAAGAUACACCAUAUUAAAAUAUAUAAAUUUAAAAAAAUGCAGUUCAUGUAAUUUUAUUUUUCCUUAUAAAGUGUAGCUUUAGUUUAUUUACACGUGUACAGGCUUAGAGGUGUUGUUUGAAGUAUUACAGAUAUUUACACUUCUUAAUUUAAUACAAUUACAUACCAUACAGCAACUCUAUGCUACUAUGUAAAAUCGACUUAGUUGUCCGACACCCUCGACCAUACAGCAGCUGUAUUUACAUUUGACUUAGUUUUCCAGUGCUGUCAACGAAGUGGUGGACACAUUCUUGACUAAAAAAGGGUGUACGCGUGAUGUCCGCUGGUCUCUCUCCUUUUUCACUUUGUCUAAUCAUAUCCAAUUUACAAUCUAACGGGAUACUUUUCCUCUUCCUUGAUCCACCAGCACUACUAUCAGAUGAAACAAGCUUUGAAACUACGGUAAAAGAGUCCAAAUGACUUAUAGGGUAUUAAUGGGUUAUUGAACAGCAUAAUUAGAAGUUCACUGAAGCAGAACAUUGUGUAUAUAGAAUUUAUUUGAAAAUUAUUUAUGUUUAAUGAAAUAAUCACCAAAUAUGUUGUAAACAUGUUUUUUCUCUUUUAUUUGUUUAUAUAAGCAUGUGAAAACUACAGAUGAUAUUGCAACAUGGAUUAAGGUAAAAAAAAAUCAGUGGAAAUUCAUAAUUAUUAUUUAGUAAUUUACUAUAACAUUGACCAAAAAAGAAUUAUAAAAAAAAUAAUAAUUAAGAUAUGCGUUCAGUUUCAGCAUAUCAUUUAUGUAUAUAGAAAAUUGUAAACAGGACUAAAUAACUUUGGAAAAGUUUAAGAUAUUUGACAAAUUAUAAGUUAUAUAGCUUUACUAUUUUGCAGAGGUUUCCAAACUUUUCUAGUCACUGGGCCCUUGCUGCAUCAAGGUUUUCCCAAGGUGCCUUAUGUCACUUUCUGCUAAAUGGCAAAUAUUUUUAAAAUAAUAAAAUGGAUAAGUAAAUAUAAUGUUAUAACACAGGCCUGCACAACUCAAAAUGUAUGGCGGGCCGUAAUACUAUGAAAACCUUGUGCGGGCCGUAAUACAUUAUGAAAAACUUGUGCAGGCCGAAAGAUAAUAGGACCUCAUAAUAGCCACCCUCAUUUUCUUCUCCACAUUGAUUUUCAUGCAACUCUUAUUUUUUACCACUGACCACUGAAAACCCAGCUUUGCACAAAAAAUGAUGGCAAAUGGAAUUAAAAUUCUCUGUUCUUUACCACUGAUAUUUAUCUUUUACUGAUGACAUUAAUUGUGUUAAUUCCAUGCCGCUGAAUUCUCUUCUUCUGCAGCAGUAAAUUAAGCUGGAGCACUGCAUUAAAUGAUAUUGAAUAAAUAUUUUGAAAAUAUUCCUGUAACCUGUUGUUAGCCUGCAAUGAUUAUUCUUCAAAAAUGAAUGCCCAAUCUCAAGGGGAAAUAACUCCAUUUGAGGUCAAAAACAGUUAUUUUUUUGAAAGCUAAAAUUUUCUCAUCCAACUUUAAAGAGUGCAUGUCGCUUUCUGACAAAGAGAGAUUCAGAGCAUUUCUCUUUUCAAAAAUAUCACAAAAGUAUGCCAGUUUUACCAAAGCAUCCUCCUUUACUAAAUUUUUGGUACACUUGUAGCUUUUAUCUUUAAGAAUUUUUUUUGCUGGCUUAAUUCUGAUGAGAAAAAAAGUUCCCACUGAGAGCCAUCGCAAAAUGCUGUAGUAUCACAAAGACAUGUGCCAGGAGUUUAUAACCUCAAACAGGCUUUUGAAAAACUUUUGCUCCAAUUACCAAGUUUUUAUAAAGUUUACCAUAUUCACUACAUAUUCUAUCCAUGAAAAACCAAAGUCCAAAUAACUGUUUUCAUAUUUACGCUAUUUAGGUUUCUUGACACUCCUGCCACAUUACAUAUUGUUUCCCUCUAUAUUCAAAACAUGGAAUAACUUCCGUUUGCUUGAUUACAACAAUAUUCAUUUACACCACCUCCAAAAACUAAUUUAACCUUAAAACUGUUUGUAAUUACUGACUAUAAUUAUUUACAUAAACAAUUAAUAAACUUAAUUAAUAUAGACUGUCAUUUAGUGACCUUUUUUGUGAAGUCUUCUGCAAAGAGUUGUUUUUUUAGUGAGUUAAUGUUUUACAACAAGUAUGCGAGAGACAUUGCAUCUUGUUACUUUAUGAAAAUUUGUAACACAUUGCGGUGCCUCUGUAAGGAAGCUGCAGCUCCCUCAGGGGAAAAGUUUUGGAAUCUCUGGUUUAGGCCUUACCAUAUGGGAUACAUCUGUCUAUUCAUAUACGGAUAUUCCAGAAAGUUGAGGCGGCUUCAGAUAGAGCAGCGGAUGUGGCAUUUGGGCUGGUCCCUUCUGGCAAACAGAAGGGAAAGGCUCUUGUUCAACAAAUGGCUGGGCAAGUGAGAGACACUGAACAAGCCUACAAUGAAGGUGAAAUACUUACAAUAGAAGAAUGAUAAAAGUAAAUCUUGGAGUGGCAAAACACACUGAGCUAUAUAACUGGCAGAUUAAUAGUUAUACUAUAAUUUCACUGGGUCUAAUUAUUUGUUACCAGACUUUUAAACAUUUAUUUUUAAGAAACCGAGUGAUAAUACUCAACAAUUGGGGUUUACUAAAAGAAAUUAUUGUUUUAAAACAAAUUUUACACUUUUCUGAAGCAGUAGACAGUUACACUACAAUCAGACUUAUAAAGUCAAAUGUCAGGGAUUGAAUUUUAAUAUGCAUGAUAAAUUUCAUGCAUAUUUUAAACAAAAAUGUAGAUUAGUUUCCAAUAAACUGCAUCAUCAUUUUGAAUAUAUAUAUAUUUAUAUAUAUAUAUAUAUAUAUAUUAUUAUUAUUAUUUUUUUUUUUUUACAGCCCAAGAUUUUCUGACACAAUGGAUGAAUGAAAAAGUUCGAUUUGAUGAUGAUGAUGGCUUUGAUGACCUUGAGGUUUGGCGUAGGGCUAGAAAAAAUAAGUAUGAUAUUUUCAAUAAAUUGCAUCAUCAUUUUGAAUAUAUAUAUAUUUAUAUAUAUAUAUAUAUAUAUAUUAUUAUUAUUAUUUUUUUUUUUUUACAGCCAAAGAUUUGCUGACACAAUGGAUGAAUGAAAAAGUUCGAUUUGAUGAUGAUGAUGGCUUUGAUGACCUUGAGGCUUGGCGUAGGGCUAGAAAAAAUAAGUAUGAUAUUUUCAAUAAACAAGAAGAAAAAAAUGAGUCAGAUGAAUUAUCCAUUGAAAGACUCACUAGGCUUGCGCUUGAAGAUGAAUUUGAAAUAGAUGAAGCAGCAAUCUAUGAGAGGGUGAAGCGCAAUGCUGUUGGUGACUCAGGUAACUAAAAGCCUUCACAAAAUAUUUGACCAAUUAAAAUUUACUUGAGACCACUUAAUUAAUGUCUGAUGAUUAGAAUUAUUUAAUUUUAGUCUGAAUAUGUGGGUUAUAAAUGAAGGACUGCGUUCAAGCUGUGUGAAGGAAAUAGUUGAACAAGGUAUGUGGAAGAUUGAAAUAUAAAGACAGGACAAUUAAAAAGAUUCUCAGCUGAAAUGUUCUCUUUUUAUUUUCAUAUCUUUAUAUUUCAAUCUUCCAUAUGCCUUGUUCCAUUAACUAGGUCAAAUACUUUGUUAUAAAUAAUUUUUAAAAAUCAAUUGUUAAUUAGAUCUUGUAGCAGGGGUUAAUUAUUAAAAUGCAUAAAUCUUGUUAACUUUUGUUAUUGCCAGUUAAAAAUAGAUGGGAGUUGUCCAAUUUGGAGAUUUUGUGUGGGCUGUAUAUUGCCUUGGAGGUGGGGGGUGGGGGGGUUGAGAAAAAAGUAUAAAACAAAGUAAGGUCAAACAUGAAAAAAGGAACGCAACAAAAUCUAAUUAUAAAAAGAAAGAGUUAUUUAGUUUUACGAAUACUUUUGUCAAACUUUCAGAUCCUUAUGCUAAUUUAUACAAAAUGGAAGAGGAUGAGGCAGUGAAAUCUGUACUUAAGACCAUGAUGUCCAAAGAAAUGGUAAAAGACAUAUUCAAGUAAGCAUUAAACAGUGCAAAUAUUGAAUACAUAUAAUAUUACAAAUUCAGUACCAUGUUAUUUUGAAACAAUGGAACAUAAUGUGUGUGGGUUGGUUUGGGGGGGGGGGGGGGGUUUUUCACUAAUUAUAAGAUUUAAACAUUUAAAAGUUUAUUAUUUAAUUUUAUUCUUUAAAAGAAUUCUUUAUGUUUUAUUGCCUGAGUAUUUGCAAUAUUAAGUAAAUCAAACAGGCGUUUGUGUUGGUAACGUACUCGGUACAAUAAUUAUCUUUAAAUGCAACAUCUGAUUGAAAAUUUUAACAAAUAUAAAAAAAUUCUGGUGAAUUUUUAUUUUUGAUAUUUUAUAUUACAUUGAUCAAAUAAUUUGCACAACAUUAUUGUUUUUAGUUUCCAGCUGUAAAUCAGUGGAAAUUCAAGUAACUGGAAUAAACUUUAUAUUAUUUUUUUUACCCAUUGACAACAGAAAAGAUCUUGGUCUUUAUGAAGAAGCAAAACCAGACCCACGAACAAAGAUGGAACUGCGCCACAAGAUGGUUAAAGAGAACAGGGAGAAGAGAGAGAAAGAAUUCCAGAAGAGGAAGAGUGAAGCACAGAUAAAAAAAGAAGCGCGGCUUGAGGCCCAGCAACUCUUAUUGAAGGUGGGAAAUAGAAAAUAUUGUUAAAUUAAAUACUGCAUGUAACUAUAUUUAUCUUUUGGCUUGUUUAAUGUUUAAAAAAUAAGAGGGCAGUUGGCAAAUUAAAUGAACGUUUUUCAAAAUGUUUUGAAUUGUCAGUUUUAUUGUGGAAUAUGUUUAAAAAAGCCUCUUGCCAAAUGCCCACAUGAUCAGGAUGCUGAUAUAUUAUUAUUAUUACAGUGGUCUUAUAUAGCGCUUCACAUAAAAAUAUUAGCAAAUAUAUCAUGACAUUAAACAAAUUUACAUACAUUUAUUUAAUAUAAAAACAAGCUUUAUAAAAAAAUAUUCACCCCGCCCACCCCAGAACUAUUUACCUGUCCAGCCAUGGUUGGCACCCAGCAUUAUUACAGUGGUCUUAUAUAGCGCAGUACCCCAGCCUAAGGCUGAUAGCGCUUCACAUAAAAAUAUUAGCAAAUAUAUCAUGACAUUAAACAAAUUUACAUACAUUUAUUUAAUAUAAAAACAAGCUUUAUAAAAAAAUAUUCACCCCGCCCACCCCAGAACUAUUUACCUUAAAAACAAGCCUUAAAAAAAAAAAUUCCCCCCGCCCCCCCCAGAACUAUUUACCUGUCCAGCCAUGGGUGGCCCCCAGCAGCAUUGUUAAACAUUCAGAUUUGGGGGGGGGGGGGAUAGUCAGGAUAGUAGAUAUGCUACAUACCAACACUGUAACAAUUUUCAUUGAGAUUUGUAAGUAAUAAAAUUUUGCAAACAAAGUCAUAGUUCUUAAGGUAUAACAAUAAAAUUAGUCAGGUUGAUAUGUUUCAAUAAUUGGAACGUCAUAGCAAGGUUGCUUAUAUUUAACAAGGACAUUCCUCAUCCUUUAUAAAACAGCUUAAAAUGGAUAUUAUGCAUACUGUUUGGGUUCAGUUGUGAUAGGUUGUUAUUGGUAUUAUAUGACUAUGUCAUUUAUGUAAUGUGAAUUGACAUAGAAUUAUGCCAUUUUUCAAUGUGACUUGCCAUCAAAGAACUAUAACAUUUAUAUAAUGUGCCUUAAUGUUACCGUACAGUAUCAUAUAUAAAGUUUAUUAGUCAUUUUGUUAUGCUUUAUAAUAGAACACAAUAUACUGAAGAUUAUAAUUAAAAUUUCAGAACCAUCAAUAGCUUUACAAAUGAUUUUGAAUAAUUUUGAUUUUCAUAAAAACAAAACAUAUUAUAUUUUAUACCCUUUAAGGAACAAAAGGAUAGAGAAAUGAGAGCAAGAAAAGAAGAAAUGGAACUGAAGAAAGAUAUGGCAAAAAUACGUAAAGAUAUGUAUGAGGAGAGGAGGAAAAAAGAGGAAGAAAUGAGGAGGUAAAGUUAAAGAAACAAAACAAUUUUUUUUUUCAAGCUUUUGAUUGCCUAAAGUGACUGACAUUGAUAUUGGAGUAGGUUUUUAAGUUUUGCAAUUUCUGAACUCAACAGAUGUUCACUGGGUUUAUGAACUCAAAACAGAUGUGCACUGGGUUUGUGAACUCAUAACAGAUGUGCACUGGGUUUGUGAACUCAUAACAGAUGUGCACUGGGUUUUUGAACUCAUAACAGAUGUAUACUGGGUUUGUAAACUCAUAAAUGAUGUGCACUGGGUUUGUGAACUCAUAACAGAUGUGCAUUGGGUUUGUAAUCUCAUAUCAGAUGUGCACUGGGUCCGUGAAGUGUUGAUUUCACGGACUUCCACACUGAAAAGUAAGACAGCUAUGAGAUAGGGUGAAGGAAAAUUGGUGCAUGGUAUCACUUCAAAUAGUUGGAGGUUACUAAGAAAUCUUAAACAUUAAACUGCAUAUCAGGAGUGAAUGAUUAGUUUAAAAUUAACAGUGAAUACAAAAAGCAAUAUGCACAUUUUUUAAAAUAAUUUCGGACAGCCAAUCUAAUUACUUUUUGUUUUUAAAUGUCAAGAAUGCUUAUAAAACAUAAGAAAAAUAAAGGCUUCUUUUGCCAUUGUCAAUUAAGAACUAGGGAAGCAGAAGAAAUGCUGAACAAAAUGGCUAGGGAGGAACUGGCCCGCCAGAGGGCAGUUGAAGACAGUAACACUAUUUUGACCCAUCGCUUGGAGAAUGAAAGACGCCACCAGCAGAUCAUUAAAAUGGAGAUGAUCAAAAAAAGAAUAGCUUCAAGAAACUUGCAGGUUGGUGAAUGUGACGGCCAGGCUGUCUAGAGGUUGGAUCCCCUACAAGACAGCAAAAAAAAUUUUUUUUUUUUAAAUACAAUAGUGUGAAAUUCAUGAUCUCUUUCCUCUAUCAGGAUGAAGUGUAUUAUAUACUCUCCAACCUCUAUAAGGUCUGAAAACAAUUAAUUUAUUAAAUGGAAUGUUACCACCCUGUUUCAAACUAUAUCUUGUAUUUGAAAACAAGCAAAACCAAAUGAUAAAUCUGAUUUUGACUUACAGAAGUAUAACAUCGAUUUGUGAUCAAAAGAUAAUAACAAAAACUGAAUACAGAAUUCAAUCAAAAAUCUUUUUUCAGUGCCUCCAUCAGCAUUUCACUGCUUGGUAUGACCUAGUUUUGUCCAGGCGUCUGCUCCUGGGAAAAAUCAAAGCAAUGUCUGACUGGAAACUCAUGCUGAAAAUUUGGGGUGCAUGGAGGUCACAUGUCAGAGGUCAGAGGUUGGACAUAGAGGUUGAAAAACAUGAAAGAGAAAUUAUUGAUGCACAACGGUUAGUCAUAUUUUAUAAGAAAUUUAGUUUAAUUUAAGAAAAAUUUGUUGAAGGUAAGCAAUAAUUCAAUAUUAAUUACUAUUAUUUUUUUUUUGCUCCCUGCUUUAGUGACCAGGUUUCUUGGUCAGUAUCUCAAAUAAUUAUUAAUAAUUAUCAUCUGGACCCAAAGUAAAGGUCAUCAAAGUCAUCUCUGUUUCAAUAUCACAAUUUGUAGAUUUAAUUUAAUUUUUUUUCAACCAAGACCAUUUUCAUCUGUUACACAAAUUUCUAUAAACUGACCCUCUGUCCACUUUCGUCAAUUACAUAACCUGAUCCUCUGGCCACUUUCAUCAGCUACAUAAACUGACCCUUUGGCCCCUUUCAUCAGUUACAUAAACUGACCCUCUGGCCCCUUUCAUCAGUUACAUAAACUGACCCUCUGGCCCCUUUCAUCAAUUACAUAAACUGACCCUCUGGCCCCUUUCAUCAAUUACAUAAACUGACCCUCUGGCCACUUUCAUCAGUUACAUAAACUGACCCUCUGGCCCCUUUCAUCAGUUACAUAAACUGACUUUCUGAACAUUUCAGCAGUUACAUAAAUUGACCCUCUGAUGAAUAAAUAUUGAACUCUAGCAUCAUAUACACUUUCAGAACAUGUGAUGAUACUUACUGGAACCAUUGGUCACAAAAUGUUUGGGGGUGGGAAAUAGAAACUAGUAUCCUAUUGCUCUUUGUUUCCUGAGAAGUUUGUUUUUAAAUGUGUGUUCUUGUGUCAAGUUUUUAAUGUAGGACUUUGUUGUUAGGCGUAUUUGUUUAUGAUUUUAUUCUUUGGAUUACUUUUGGUGACAUCAUUUCCAUUGCUAUGGGAGGAGUUGAUGCCAGUUCUAUUGCAAUGGGAGGAGUUAGUUGACAUCCUUACUAUUGCUAUGGGAGGAGUUGAUGUCAGUUCUAUUGCAAUGGGAGGAGUUAGUUGACAUCCUUACUAUUGCUAUGGGAGGAGUUGAUGUCAGUUCUAUUGCAAUGGGAGGAGUUGAUGUCAUUUCCAUUGCAAUUAAGAAAAAUCUUAUCAAAGAUGUGUGUUUAUAAACCCAGAGACAUUUUCAAAAAUAGGGGAGAGAAUUAUUAAGAACAUAGCAAGAAAUUAACAUAAAUUCCUUUCAUUUUCUGUGACAUAUGGAGUUGUAGAUAAAUGAGUUUUGUGAGUUUGCCUAUCCUAACAUCUGGAUUAAAACGAAAAUUAUAAGGAAGAGUGAUCUCGGAAACCCUCCUCAUAAUAUCCUUUCUGUGACAUGAGUAAAUCCUUAUUUUGGAUGAGGGUUGUUAACCUUUUUGCACUGCCGCCUAGCAGUGCCGUCUAGUAGUGCCGCCUAGCAGUACCGCCUAGCAGUGCCGACUAGCAGUGCUGCACUCCCUCUCAAUUUUAAAAUAUCUCCCAAAAGCUUAAGUACAAAUUAUGUGUAAACAAAAUUCUCCACAAAGACAUCUGCUGCUAAUAAAAAUGCAUCCCAUACCCCUUGGCACUGCCUCUUGCAUCCCCAUUUUAUUAAAAACCCUUGCUUGUGUUAAAAACCCUUGCUUGUGUUAAAAACCCUUGCUUGUGUUAAAAACCCUUGCUUGUGUUAAAAACCCUUCCUUGAGAUUUUUAAUAAAAGAAAAAUUUACUUUUUCAGUGUACAAAUUUUAAUCUGUUGAAAAUAUAUUUAUAUAUUAAAACAUUGAAAAUAAUUCUUGUGUAUAUUUCCUUGUUUUAUAACAAUGGUUACCCGUGUAACACAACAGAAAAACAUUAAGGGCUGAAAGGCAUUGGGCAGUUUCAACACUGAGAAAGUGUUUCAUCUCCUGGCAACUGUUCACCAAGGAAUCCCUUGAGAAGAAAGACCUGGAGAAAGAGCAGGACAGAACUAAGAGGAAGAUGGCAUCAUUGUUGAAUGCCAUAGCAGAUGGGAAGAUUGUAAAAACAGAUGAGGAAGAGAAUGAGAAGGAGUUGAAGAAUAAAAGGCAUAAGAACGGACCAGGGACUUCAUCUGCCAGGUCAGAGGUUAAUUUCAAAGUAAGUUGUUUAUUUUAUUACUAUUUAGAGAUAAAAGAAAUAGAAAGUAAAAAAAAAAUAAUAAUCCCUAUCACUGUACGCUUGAGAAAUACUUGAUAUGUUUUGUGUUCAAAUUGUUCUGGUUUUCAUAUGUUUUCUUGGUUAGGAUAUUUAUUUAUGUGCUGAAAUUGAAUAUGAUAUGUAAAUCUUAAUUAAAAAAUAUUGGCUAAUUGAUAAAACUCUGUAAUGACCAAAUUGAGAACGUACUAAAGUACUGAUUCAAUCCCCUAGUGGUAACAUACGGCCACUCGCUACACCGUUUUCACAAAUUUAUAUAGAAAGCAGAAAUCUUCACAUAAAAUAUAAGAAAUUUAAUAUCUCAUAAUUCAAACUUUGAUCAAAGGAGCCAAUGCUCGACCCACCUGUCAGGAGGCAGGCAUGGGGAGACAAUGAGAGCGUGAGUGCAUCCAGCAGCCAAACUCCAGUCAACCCAUUGAAGUCGACCAGUGAAAGGUUCCUCCCUUCUGAACCCUGGCAGGUUACUCAUCGACAUCUAAAGAUAAUUAAGAAGGCGACUCCCAAACCAGGCCAUCGGGAGAUAGACGAACCCAGAGAAAAAACAACAGAGCAGCAGGCGCACGCUGACACAGAGCAGCCAACGCACACGGACAAAGAGAUAAGAAAAAGGUCAGUGCACCAGUAUUAAGACGUCCAUAAAAGUCAUGCAUCAGAUAUCUUGUGAUCUGUCUUUCUUUCUGUCCAACUUAAUUCAGUGUGGCCUUUAUUUUACAUGUAACAUACUUGUGCACAACCCUCAAGUAUAUGUCAAGUGUGCAAGCCAAAAUUGUUAUGUUCAUGAACUACAAAAACAUGGUAUGCUGGGCACUUUAUAGCAUGGAUCAGUUUAUUUAAAAAACUGAAAUUGUGUAAAUCCUGUAAAACGGGCAAGGUUUCUGUGGGACAACAACAUGGCUCUCCCCUUGAAUAGCUUGUAUCAUGAAGCGCUGGCACCAAAUCACGUCAUGGACAGGGUUUGACGCAGACCUUUUGCUUCGCUGGUGAGUCUGACGGGGAGGGGGUGUGUUUCUAAAAUCAUAUUGAAACAAGUGGGCUGUCAGAAGACUUGCCUUGAAACUGAGGGUUUUGAAUAGUUUAAAUUAUCACCAUUGCAUAUUGAAAGCAAGAUGUUCAAAAGGUUGACAAUGCACAUAUAGGCUUACAUAUCUAUUGUUCUGAUGUCCAUAACAGAUUCAUCAAAAACUGUCUAGCUUGGUUUCUUUCUUCUUUAUUUUGAGGGCCCACGAUCAAUGAAUUGAUCAUUCUGGCUCCAAUGUCCUGUGGUUAUUAGACAAACAUGUAAAUAAAUGCACUUAACAGUUUAUUUUCUCAUAUCUUCUUAUUUUUAAUGUGCAUAUGACUUUUUGCUCAAAUUAUUGUGCAUGAUCAUUAUUCGGCUGAACCUGCAUUUAGCACCACCCCUGCAAAAAAGGCCCACUUUUACUUUGGUGUCAAAUGUAUGUGUUAUUUCAAGGUUUUAAUGUACUAUACAUUUUUGAAAACCAAGUUCUAAUUUGAGGACUUACUUUAAUUUUUUUUAAAUUAAUAUUUGGCUGUAUUGGUAUUCCAACAGUAGAGCAAAGCAAAUUUGAAGAAAAUUAUUUUUAUUUUUAAAAAGGCUAAAAUCUACUGUAACUUAUUGUUGCCAUUGUUCCAGGAGUCAACAUUUGUAACUUUUGUUGUUUAAAUCUAUAAAAAUGAUAAAAUUCCCAGACUUGGCACACAACCAUGGAUGAACCGUCACUUUGUCGUCAACAAUCUUGAGCACAGAUAUACAGCACAACAACAGGCAUUGCGAGAACAGCAGGACCAAAUCAGGGAGCAGCUGCAGCUAAUACAAGAGCUACAGUAUGAGCAGAGGCAGCAGGCGCUGAAACAACAGCUUUUGCUGGGAAACACUCAACCUCCACUGCCACCUUUAGAAGAAGUAGAAGGUGCCUUAAUUAGUUUAUGUCUUGAUUUGUUUAUGGGAAAACCUAAUUUGGUUGUUUUUUUUAGAUUGUUAUUAAUAAAAUAUCUUUCCAACUAUCUAAUAUUUGAUGAAAUUAAGAAAACGAUUAACUAGUUUUUAGUUCUGUGUUCAAAUUUCAAUAUUCUUUCAGCAACAUAAAUCUUGUACACUGAAAUUAAUUUAAAAAUGAGUUUGUUUAAAACAUUGAGAAAACAGGUCGUGUUUGCUUGUCAGAAUUGUGUCACCCGGUUACUUUAAUAUUUUUGAAUGUAUAAAAUAAAUAAAUUUGUAUUCCAAUGUUUCUUAUAGUUUUCAAAAAAUCUGUUUAAUGUCAGUUCCUCCUCAAGGUAGGGAAAUCCCAAGGGGAGAUGAAGAAACUGAGGCUGGUAGCUUUAAGGGGCUACACAGGUCACAAGUCACAACAGGUCAUGAUAAUCUCCAGAGUAAGAAAGUGGGCCAAAUAGAAAUUACAGCCAAACAAAACCAAGCAGAUUUGGAGACAGAGAGGUGAGCAAAAUUGUAAUAAUUUGCUAAUGCCAAAAUUUUAAUAAUUUGUUAAUGCCAAAAUUUUAAUAAUUUGUUAAUACCAAAGUUGUAAUAAUUUGUUAAUGCCAAAAUUUUAAUAAUUUGUUAAUGCCAAAGUUGUAAUAAUUUGUUAGACUAAUCUGUUUUAUGUCAAGAAAAGUUUUUUUCAUAGAUUUAUUGCUGCUAAACAAACAUUAAAUGAAAAUAAAUAAUAGCUCAAUUAAAUUUAAAAUUAAUAUGAACUGUUUAUUAACAAUUUUAUUGGAAGGCUUACACCAGGAGUUUAAUUGUUGCUAUGGACAGAUAGGAUGAAGAAUCUAUUGUGUAAUCAACAUAAACACUUGCAUUAUUAUUGGUUUUGUUGUUGCAGAAAAUUAUUUUGUAAGUACAUUUUAAGUCAGUGGCCUUCACGGUGUUAAUUCUAUAAAGCCAGUUCAAAUGUUGGUGCUCCAUUGUACUGCGCGGCUGAUUCUUUAUGAGCAUCAAUCUUGAAAAUGAAGAUUUUCAGGGCCGUCUUAAAAGCAAUGGGGGACCCUUGGAAAAGUAAUUCAAAGCUCCCAUUCCUCUCAUACUAUAUAAAUUCCAGUGAUGUUAGGAAAGCUUUUUGAGGCUCAGUAUAACCCAUGUGUUAGGCCCUGUGUUUCUUUCAGUCCCUUUCAUCAGAAGAGGGGGCAUUUCACGUGUUCUAUCUGUGCCAAAACAUUAUGACGCCGAGGCCUGCUCUUACUCUGGCACCCUCAACUUACAUAAACAUGAUUUCAUUCCAUUAGUUUCACCCCAUGAAAUCUAUAUAGUCAAACUAUAUACACAAACCAAAGAAAAUCAUGUUUUUUUUUCAUUUCAAAGAAAACAAAAUUUAAUUACUAACAUCCACUUUGUUCAGGGAGGGUGCAGAAAUAAAGGGCUUCCAAGCAACAUUGUGGGGAUGGGACUAGUUAGGGGGCUCAUUUAGGUGCCUAGGAACAUUUCUGAUAAGGUAGGGAUGCAUUUUCAUGCAUACCCUUAGAUUAGUUUGCAUCUCUUAUGGAGAGCAACAGUGGAGAUUUAGGUGUACACUGACUUAGUUUUAUUUUUACAAAUCCUUUAUUUUAUAGUUAUUUCUAAAGAGUAAUAUUGUUUUAUAAUUUUAAAUUAAACUUUAAUUUUUUUUUUGUUAAUUAUAAAUAAAAAAGGAAAAAAUGAAAAUAUUUCUGUCAAAAAAAUGUGUUUGUCACAAAAAAAAGUAAUAAAACAUAUAUAACAGAAAUGAAACAACACUAUUGAAGUUCAAUCAUAAUUAACUUUUUGCAUUUAUUUACAAUAUAAAGUUUCCAAAUUUUACAAUUUAAAAAAAGGGGAACAAAUACUGUUUUGUUGAAAAGGUCUGUAAUAUAUCUUUUGUGGCUAUUUAAAACUGGUAAAUUUUAUUAAAUGUAUUUGAAUGGCAUUAUUAUGUUUAGAAGAUAGGAGAUAUUUACAAAAGGAUUUAGAUAUUUAUAAAUGAGUGAUUUAUCUUAGAGAAUUUGAAGCAGUAUUACAUUCUCCCUAAAUUCAGUAGAUUUAUUAGGUUUACUUGGAAUUGCAAACUCCUAUAGCUUUUUUCAGAUAUAUUACAAAUUAUUGAACAUGUGACACCUUUUGUAAAACUCUUUGUUCUACUUUAAGAAGGCAGCCAGAUAGUGGAGAUGAGUUAAGAGUGAAAUAAAAAGUAUUUUUUUUUAAACGAGCAAUUUGAUCCUCUAGGUAUUGUGCUAUCAGUUUUGUAUCAGCAGUACUUAAAUAAUUCUACAGACAUUUUCACCAAUAUCAUUAUCAGGUCAAAAAUAUCUACUGGGAGAUCAGAAGUAAGCUCAGCAACAACACACAUGUCCAAAGCCUCAUCAUCAACAGUUAAUGUGCACAAUACAAAAUACCUGCAGGUGUUAAAGAGUAAGUGUGUUAAUGUUCAGUACUAUAUAAUCAGUGCUAUAUCAUCAGUCUUGAAUUAUUAGAGCUGUAUCAUUAGUCCUAUAUAAUUAGUUCUAUAUCAUUAGUGCUAUAUCAUCAGUCUUGAAUCAUUAGUACUAUAUCAUUAGUCCUAUACCAUUAGUGCUAUAUCAUCAGUCUUGAAUCAUUAGUAAUAAAUCAUUAUUCCUAUAUCAUUAGUGCUAUAUCAUCAGUCUUGAAUCAUUAGUACUAUAUCAUUAGUCCUAUAGCAUUAGUGCUAUAUCAUCAGUCUUGAAUCAUUCCUAUAUCAUCAGUCUUAUAUCAUGUCCUAAACAAUCAGUCUUAUAACAUUUUAAAUAAUAAGUCCUAAAUCAUCAGUCAUAUAUCAAGUCUUAUAUCGUCAGUCCUAUCUCAUGUCCUAUAUCAUGAGUUAUAUAUCAUGUCCUAUAUCACCAGCCCUAUAUCAUGUCCUAAAUCAUCAUUCCUAUAUCAUGUUCCAUGCCUUCAGUCCUAUAUCACCAGUCCUAUAUCAUGUCCUAAAUCACCAUGUCUAUAUCAUGUCAUAUAUCUCCAUUCACUAGUUCUAUAUCAUGUCCUAAAUCACCAGUCAUAUUUCAUGUCCAAAAUCAUCAUUCCUAUAUUAAAUAUAUUCAUGUUUUAAAGCAAUAUAUAUAUAGAGAGAGUACUUAAAUAACACUAGAAAUUGUUAUAACAUGUUUUGACUAAAAUGAAUCUAUAAACUCAAUGUUUAAAGGAGUAUUAAAGUCCUCAUUGUCACUUAUUGAAUCAUGUGUCUACGUUGUCUUCCUCACUCUCUCCCAUGCUCUACUGACCACCAGCACAUUAUUACCCCUUUAAGUAUCCCCUCUCUGUAUAACAUUCCGGCGCUUAAAGCUCAGGCGCACUAACUCACUAUUCUCAUUCAUAACAAAUGGACCCUCCCAUUGAUCUUAGUAAACUGGAUAAACAUGUUGCAUCCAAUGUCAAAUUUGAAUUUCUCUUGUUUAAAAUAUUUAUUUAAGAUAUGGAAGACAGAGCCGGAGAGCGGGCAAGAAAAAAGGCAGAGAGGGAUGAAAAGAGGAGAAAACAAGAAGAAGAGAAGCUGGUAAAUUUUGCCAUAUUAGGUUUCACAUGACCACCAUAACAAAUUAAUUUGUCUUAAGCAUUUAUGUCAUGUAAAUUUAUCAAUUCAAAAAUUGACAGAUGAUAAGACAUGCAUAAGCUUUCCAUCUGAUAAAAAUAACUUUAGUGAGAAGAAUAAUGUCACUGUAAGCAGGUCAAAAGAUUGCAUAACAUACAGUAAAUCCUUACAGUGAUGCAAAAAAUGGGGUCCAUAAAUUACAGACAGCAUUUAUAGCAAGGUCACAUUGAUACGUAGCUUUAGUUAUUCUGUGUUAAUAGCUCUGUGACUUUUUUAAAUUAGGGAGAUAAGCAAUUUCAUUUAAUAUCAGAUUUUCCAUCUCUUAUGUUAAUGAGCUUUGUGGUGUUGAAUUUGGACUAGUUUUGUGUAUUUUUUAUUAUUUUGAACAAAAUAUGUAUUUUUAAAAAUUUUUCCUUUUUGAAAAAAAAAAUUUCUUGUGCAUAUUAAAUGUACAAAAUUUCAAGAGCCAUACCAUGACAGUGUUAAAUCUGAAUUUGCUUUACAUUGAGGUUCCACUGUAUAUUCUGACCUUAUACUUCAAAAGAGACCUUGCCUUGUCUUAAAGACAGUAUUAUACAUGUUCAAUCGGCAGCCUCCACAAAGGAGGGCCGUGCCUUGACCUAAAGAUCCAAAACUCUAAUUGUUAUUAAAAUUGUAUCAUAAUUUAACAUUUUUAAAAACCUUUGUCAGAGAUCUGAUUGAAUAUUCCAUUACGUUAUUUUAUUUAUGGCUUAGGAUGGUAGUUUCAUAAAGUAAUAAUUUUAUAUCUGAAGAAAAAAAGAAGUUUAUUAUAAUUUUUGUUUGCAUUUUAAAUAUUGACUUUCUUAUGUCUUUUAUAUUUUUCUAGGCUGAGCUCCAAAAGAUUGAGCAAGAAAAAUUGUUGGAAAUCGAGGCCGAAAAGAAAGCACGUGCUGCUGCUUACAGACAGAAAAAACUGAUGGAAAAACAGGUGGAAAAACAAAAUAGUAUCAUCUAGUCAGGUCAACAAGAAAGCACAUUUUGUAGCGAGAGCUAAAUAAACCAAUUUAUGAUAAUAAAAAUAACCCAUGUCAUUUAAGGAAUUUUCUGACUUGUUUAGUUCCAAACUCUGUGGCACCUUUAAGUUUUAAGGAGUAAGACAAAAACUUGAAACUCGCAAAUUUUUUGAAUUUUCAAAAUGCAAACCUUUCAGCUAAAGGGAAAAUUUUGUGUAAUGAUAUUAAUAAGUUGCAAACAUUUAUUUAAUUUUCAUUACUUACUAUUAUAAAAAAGUUAUUUUUUUAAUAGAAAAUAUUUCAUAUUUUAUUAUACCCCAAUACUUAAAAUGCAAUGAUUAAAAAAUCAAAUUUUAAUUGGUUUCUUAUUUCAGAAAGAAGAGGACAAAAGGAAAGAGCAAGCCCAUAUGGAUGAAAUGAACAAAAAAGCUGAUUUGCACUACUUAAGAUCCAUUUUAAAGUAUCGUGGUCUUCUUCCUUUUAAGAAACUCAUUUCUUUAGCCAAAAGGAAUUGGUUGAAAGCAGUAAAGCACAGGGAGAAAAUUGUAAUGAGGUAAACUAUUUUACUCAAAAGCAUUGUAUUAUAAAUAACUUCUGACUAAUUAAAUAUAAUUGUUGUGAACUAGAUUGUUGUGAAUGUUGGGUAGGGGGAGUUGUUGACCGUGAGAGUGUUUUGUGAGUUGUUGAUCGUGAGGUCAGAGCGUCAAGUUGGCUCUUGGUGUGGAACGUUAGUGUAUGCUGAGUGAUUUGUAGUGAUAUAAAAGGGCUGUGUGCUAGUUAGUUGUUGGUAAGAGAUCGUGAGAGAGAGACUAGUUGAUAGAUGGUAGUUGAGCUGAUGAAUCGAGUCCAGAGUAGAGUCGAGAGACAUAGUAUUUUUGUGAGAGUCAUUGUAUGGCUUGUUGCCUGAGGAUAGUAUUCUUCUGCUGGAUGAACUGUGUGGCAACUGUGUUUUGUAACAAGUGGAUUCUUCAGUACAUGUAAAUAAAUACCUAUUUGCAAUGAACUAGUCGGUGUUGAGUUGCUUGACCAAAAGAGAGAGACAAGAAUUAAUCAUACAGGUCUGACAUAAGGUUAGACACUGAGUAGUCACCCUCGGAGGCUGUAACCCCUAGACAAUGGAAAAAGGCUGCGACACAUUUGUGAAAGUCUCAACACAUAUGUAAGAAGGCCACAACACUAAUUAUCAAUUUAUUUGAAACAGAAAAUCAACUUCCAAUAAUUUAUUUUCAGGCAAUGCUUAGAAGCAUGGAAGUUAUUUACAGAGCAAGAAGUAGAUAGAAAGAACAAAUUAGCAGAUCAGACACAUGAAUUCUUAAUAACCAAGCACUGUUUUCAAAACUGGAGAAAUGUAAGUCAUUUGUUGUCAAGUUACAUGGAAUUUUUCAUGAUAUUUUAAAAUAGAACGCAAUUCUAAAAACACUUCCAUUUGUUAAACGUUUACAACACCCCCCCCCCAACCCCCCAACAAGUUUUAACUAGCUUACCGCACAGUACUGAAAUGUGACAUGGAAAUUAGUAAUUAAUUAUGUCACCAACUUUUUUUACAGAGCAAGAAGUAGAUAGAAAGAACAAAUUAGCAGAUCAGACACAUGAAUUCCUAAUAACCAAGCACUGUUUUCAAAACUGGAGAAAUGUAAGUCAUUUGUUGUCAAGUUACAUGGAAUUUUUCAUGAUAUUUUAAAAUAGAACGCAAUUCUAAAAACCCUUCCAUUUGUUAAACGUUUACAACACCCCCCCCCCAACCCCCCAACAAGUUUUAACUAGCUUACCGCACAGUACUGAAAUGUGACAUGGAAAUUAGUAAUUAAUUAUGUCACCAACUUUUUAGGCAUUACAAAUAUUUUUCAAAAGAUUAUUUUCCAUUAAUAGUUACAUGCUGUUGGCAUUUUUUGUACAAGUUCUUAGUUUCUUAGUUUUCAAAAUUAUUUUCUUUCUAGUUUUCCAGUGAAAUAGUUAUUGUGAGCUGUAUCGAUAUUUCAAAAUUUAUUUUACUGAACUGAAGAUAACAGGUUUAAAAUGGGAUUCAAAAAUUGAUUAAUACCGUAAUCAGGACAGGGUCCAACCACGGUCAGGAUUAUCGAAGUCUCAAUGUAAAAGAAAGUUGGUAAAAAAAAAAAUUAAAUAAUGCAAAAUUGAUUGGUAUAUAUUUAUAUAACUAAAACACUGAAUGAAACAAGUUCAACCAUUUUUUUUUUUUUUUUUCAGUACAAGUACCACACUCAGCUAAUGGAGCGAAGAGCAGAACGCCACUACCAAGAUAAUCUGAAAACUAAAUUUUUUCAAGCUUGGACGGACGUGGUAGCUGAUGAAAGGAUAAAUUCAAUGAAUAAAAUGGAAUUGGGUCAUAGUUACUACUUAAGGUGAGAUUUAUUAUCAGUGAUGUUCCAUUUGAAAUUGUAAUUAAUGAAAUGGUCUUACAAGAAAAUCACUUUAAAUGCAACAUUAUUAUAAAAAGCGAUUAAUCUGUUAAGAAAUAAAAUAAGCAUUUAAAUCUUUGAAAUGGAAAAUUUCUUUUACAUAACAGAUUAAUUUUCAACCAUUUAAGAAAUAUCAAUAAUUCCUUCCACACUAUUUAUUAUAGCCCGCCAAACAAUGGUGGCAGCUUUGCGUGAACUUCCCAUCUACUAUUGCCCCUGAACUAUAUAAUAUUCUAAUGUCCCACCCCACUUUUACACUGCAGAUUAAUACACCAAUAUUUAAAGACCACCAAACAAUAGCGGCAAAAUAACUUCCCAUCUACUAAUGUUUCUAGACAAAACAUGCACUCAAGUAAAGCACUUUAUAACAAUCCCAGCUAGUGCUACACCACCCUUCAGCCCCCCCCCCCCCAAAACACACACACAGAUUCAAAACUGCACACUUUUUUCACACUCAUGAACUAUAUUUAUUUUCUUAUGCUCAAAAUUACAGAUUUAUUAAACCAUAUUUAAAUUGAGACUAUUUCUAUAAAACAAAAGAAAAUUUUGCACACCAAAUGUACUUGCUAUAUUUUAAAGAAUUUUAUUUAGUGAAAUCAGUGCCAUCUAAUAGCAGCAGUGACAUUAUUGCAAAGAGAAUUGUGUAUUUUGAUAUAAAAUUCAAGCAAGCUUGAAUUAGAGGAGUUCUAAUUUCAUUAUUUGUGAACCCUGGCAAUUAUUUAUUAUAUGUUAUAAAAUUAAAAGCAGUUAAGAUAAAAAAUAUAAAGCUUAAAAUAAAAAAAAUAUAUUCAUCUGUUUUUUAAAUAUGGAAUCUUUACAAAAAUCUGAAUAUUAAACCUGCAGGUCUCUUAUAAAAAAAACAUUUCUUGGUUGGCGGUACUUGAAAGAGAGACAGAAGAAAGAGGAAGAACGACAUAAGAGAAAGGUAGAGCUGAGAAAAAAGGUUUCAGAAAUUAUUCCAGAUUUUGCUCCCAAGGAGGAUGUGUCAUUUAAACAAUCUGAGGACUUAGAGAGUUGAUAAAUAAUACUGGAUAGUAAAACAAGGUUCAUUUUCUUGAUGUGUACACAUUCAAUGUCAUGACUAUUUAAGAGUGCUUUUUCUGGUUCAAAUGAUAUGAAUCAAAUGCAUUUUCAUAUUUUUGGCACUGUGUACAUUCUAUGAAAGUAACAUUUAUUAAAAUUAAAUAACUUAUUGUAGAAUUUACACAAUAUUGUUUAUUAACUGUCC